AUGAUGGAUGCAUCAAAAGAGCUGCAAGUUCUCCACGUUGACUUCUUGAAGCAGGACAACGCCGUUUCUCACCACACAUGGGAGUUCCAAACGAGCACUCCUGUGUUCCGGCGAGGACAGGUGUUUCACCUGCGGCUGGUGCUGAACCAGCCCCUACAAUCCUACCACCAACUGAAACUGGAAUUCAGCACAGGGCCGAAUCCUAGCAUCGCCAAACACACCGUGGUGGUGCUCGACCUGAGGACGCCCUCAGACCACUACAACUGGCAGGCAACCCUUCAAAAUGAGUCUGGCAAAGAGGUCACAGUGGCUGUCACCAGUUCCCCCAAUGCCAUCCUGGGCAAGUACCAACUAAAUGUGAAAACUGGAAACCACAUCCUUAAGUCUGAAGAAAACAUCCUAUACCUUCUCUUCAACCCAUGGUGUAAAGAGGACAUGGUUUUCAUGCCUGAUGAGGACGAGCGCAAAGAGUACAUCCUCAAUGACACGGGCUGCCAUUACGUGGGGGCUGCCAGAAGUAUCAGAUACAAACCCUGGAACUUUGGUCAGUUUGAGAAAAAUGUCCUGGACUGCUGCAUUUCCCUGCUGACUGAGAGCUCCCUCAAGCCCACAGAUAGGAGGGACCCCGUGCUGGUGUGCAGGGCCAUGUGUGCUAUGAUGAGCUUUGAGAAAGGCCAAGGCGUGCUCAUUGGGAAUUGGACUGGGGACUACGAAGGUGGCACAGCCCCAUACAAGUGGACAGGCAGUGCCCCGAUCCUGCAGCAGUACUACAACACGAAGCAGGCUGUGUGCUUUGGCCAGUGCUGGGUGUUUGCUGGGAUCCUGACUACAGUGCUGAGAGCGUUGGGCAUCCCAGCACGCAGUGUGACAGGCUUCGAUUCAGCUCACGACACAGAAAGGAACCUCACGGUGGACACCUAUGUGAAUGAGAAUGGCGAGAAAAUCACCAAUAUGACCCACGACUCUGUCUGGAAUUUCCAUGUGUGGACGGAUGCCUGGAUGAAGCGACCGGAUCUGCCCAAGGGCUACGACGGCUGGCAGGCUGUGGACGCAACGCCGCAGGAGCGAAGCCAGGGUGUCUUCUGCUGUGGGCCAUCACCACUGACCGCCAUCCGCAAAGGUGACAUCUUUAUUGUCUAUGACACCAGAUUCGUCUUCUCAGAAGUGAAUGGUGACAGGCUCAUCUGGUUGGUGAAGAUGGUGAAUGGGCAGGAGGAGUUACACGUAAUUUCAAUGGAGACCACAAGCAUCGGGAAAAACAUCAGCACCAAGGCAGUGGGCCAAGACAGGCGGAGAGAUAUCACCUAUGAGUACAAGUAUCCAGAAGGCUCCUCUGAGGAGAGGCAGGUCAUGGAUCAUGCCUUCCUCCUUCUCAGUUCUGAGAGGGAGCACAGACGACCUGUAAAAGAGAACUUUCUUCACAUGUCGGUACAAUCAGAUGAUGUGCUGCUGGGAAACCCUGUUAAUUUCACCGUGAUUCUUAAAAGGAAGACCGCUGCCCUACAGAAUGUCAACAUCUUGGGCUCCUUUGAACUACAGUUGUACACUGGCAAGAAGGUGGCAAAACUGUGUGACCUCAAUAAGACCUCGCAGAUCCAAGGUCAAGUAUCAGAAGUGACUCUGACCUUGGACUCCAAGACCUACAUCAACAGCCUGGCUAUAUUAGAUGAUGAGCCAGUUAUCAGAGGUUUCAUCAUUGCGGAAAUUGUGGAGUCUAAGGAAAUCAUGGCCUCUGAAGUAUUCACGUCUUUCCAGUACCCUGAGAUCUCUAUAGAGUUGCCUAACACAGGCAGAAUUGGCCAGCUACUUGUCUGCAAUUGUAUCUUCAAGAAUACCCUGGCCAUCCCUUUGACUGACGUCAAGUUCUCUUUGGAAAGCCUGGGCAUCUCCUCACUACAGACCUCUGACCAUGGGACGGUGCAGCCUGGUGAGACCAUCCAAUCCCAAAUAAAAUGCACCCCAAUAAAAACUGGACCCAAGAAAUUUAUCGUCAAGUUAAGUUCCAAACAAGUGAAAGAGAUUAAUGCUCAGAAGAUUGUUCUCAUCACCAAGUAG